AUGAUUGUUCAUUUGUUCUACAUUCUAGGUGGAAUACCUGAUGCUUUUACUCAAUUUGCAAAAGAAUUUUACAACAAAAUCCACAACUGUAGACAAAGCGAACGGAUUAUGCUCCAGGAAUAUCUUAGAAAUCAGUGGACAUUUCAUGCCAAAGGAUUGUGGUAUCGCCCGCCUUUGGAGAAUCUUCCUAACUUCACUCUGAUUGGCUCUCCCAAUUUUGGCCAUCGAUCCCUUACACGAGAUCUCGAAAAUCAAAUUGCCCUUAGUACUAGCAAUGUUGGAUUGCGUCAGCAAUUACGUCAUGAAUGCGAUCAUGUGUACAAGUAUGGCAUCCGAGUGACAGGUAAGACUUUUGAACUUCAUGAACGUACGGUGCCAAUGUGGGCUUGGAUUGUUAGCAGCUUGACGCGCAGCUUCUUUUAAUAUCCAAUUUACCGCACUUAUAGUUUU